AUGACCGACGAGCAAAAUGAAGCCAUAGUGAAGGACCAAGUGGACGCCCAUUUUGGACCGAAACCGCCACCGCCGCCAAAGGAGAAUGUGCCUGAGGAAGUCGUGGACCACUUUAUUCGUAUGGCUAAAGCACCAGCUCCCAAGCCUGUUGACUCAGACUAUGAGCGCAAAAUCAAGAAGGCCCAUCAAUCCCCUUUCUAUCUUCCCCAUCUCUCACCCGCCCAAUGCCCCGACCCGUACUGCACCGCCGCCGCCCCCACGCCACUGCGCCCCCGCCGCCUCCCCCGCUCCGACGACCGCCGCGCCCGCUCCGACGAGGUGCUCCGACGAGCAGGGCCAGCGCUAGGGUUCCAGCGCCGCCGCCGGAUCAACGCCCCGCCUCCACAAGGAGAGGAGGAGCCCUGCCGCCGCCACCGAGGGGAAGAGGCCACCGCCGCCACCGAGGGGAGGAGCCCCGCCCCCAGCGAGAGGAGGAACCUUGCAGCCAGGUCUUCAAUGCCCCACCGCCGCGAGAACAUCGACGUCCUCCUCCGCCGGUUCGAGGUGAUUCCUACCCUCUUCUCCAUUUCUCCAUCUCCUCCCCUGCAAACCCUAGGGCCGACUCUUCUUGCCCCUGGGCUCCUCUGCCAUGCCCCGGGCUCCUCUGCUGCUCCUGCCAAUGGGCACGCAUUAGCCUACGCGCUGCCUUUGAUUUGGGGGGGAGCUGGUGGUGGUGGUCCAUGCUGA